GUCUUUAGGACUAUAUAAACCAUGUGGCGGUUGUUUGUGCAGUUUCACCUGCAAGAGAGCAUCAGGCAGCAUGACCUCCCGGCGAUGGAUGCUUGCAUUCUGCUUUUCACUGGCCUCAGUUUUAGGCACAGGGGAAUCAGUCACAACAACAGAUAUUCAGAAAUACACUUGCAGGACAUUUGGCAGUGGGGUCAUCCAGCCUUUCAACGGCUCAAGUUUCUAUGUUCGGUCUAACUGCCCAUUCAGCCUCACACGAUUCAUCCACAACCGGGUGGAAAGUGAUAUCACUGCACGGCGAGGUGACAAUGGGCUGCUGAUUGAGGUUGAGAUCAUCAUCAACAAAGUUAGGACUGUUGUGAAGAAUGGAAGCAUCCUGGUGGAAAAGAAAAGUGUUUCCCUUCCAUACGACCACACCUACCAGCAUAUCUUUCAGUUCGGCAUCUACACUAAACUGAGAAGCUCGCUGCUGCCUCUGUCUGUCACAUGGCACAGUAUCCCUGGAGGAAUAGACACUGUGUGGGUGGAGAUCGAGCAGGAGCUAAGCAUCGACAUGACCGGACUCUGUGGAAAACACAACGUCACAGGCAACAAGCAGCAGUUGAUUACGGAGAGUGUGCUUGCUGAGGACACAUGUCAAACCAAAGAUCCUGUCUCCGUUACAAAUCUAGAUUGCAGAUUGUUCUUCUCCUACACCUUGGAUUGUCUGCCAGCCAAGACUCUUCAUUAUAUCCAACUCUGUGAAGAAAACAUUUAUAGUUAUGAAAGCAGCAAGUACAUUGGCUGUGCUUUCUUCAAAGAAGUUGUCCAACAGUGUGGAAACAACAGCUAUAUCUGGAGGCUAUGGAGAGGUCUAACCAGAUGUGAGGAACCGAGUUGUCCAGGAGACCUUGAUUAUGUAGAACAGGGUGUGGCCUUUGUUCCCAGCUGCUCCAGUCCGAACCCCACUUUCUCCAGCCAAGAACUCACCAGCUCCUGUGUCUGUCGAAAGGGUACUGUGCUGAAUGAUCGUGCAGAUGGCUUCCAAUGUGUGAGUGUGUCCAACUGUCCCUGUGUAUUCGCUGGCAGGACCUACUCCACCGGAGACAUACGCAGCACCAAGUGUCAGUCAUGUAUGUGUGAUAGCGGGACAUGGCGGUGCUCUGAAAACUCCUGCCCCACCAGAUGUCUCAUCGAAGGACAGUUCGUGACAACAUUUGAUGGCAAACAAUUUGCCAUCCCUGGUAAAUGUACAUAUGUGGCUUCACAGGGUCUCGGCUGGAUGAUAAUAAUCAAGUUUUCUGAAGAGGCACCCUCCCUGGAUACAGUUAUUCUUCAACUUUCUCAGGAUUUGAAGGAAACAUAUGUAUUCUCAAACAACAUGAUUAAAUUCGAAGGGGAGGAGAUAACUGAAAUUCAUCAGUCUGAUCAUGCUCUUGUUUUCUGGCAGUCCUCCAUGUAUGUCCGUGUCCACACAUCCUUUGGUAUGGUGCUCCAAGUCCAGAUGUCUCCUGAAAUCCAGCUGUAUAUCAACCCACCCACAAACUACACUGGCAUGAUCUCAGGUCUUUGUGGCAACAACAACAAUGACACCACAGACGACUUUACAAGCAGCAGCGGGAUCAUCGAGAACUCAGCUCAACCUUUCGCUCAGUCCUGGAGUUUGGGUACCUGUGCAAUGAACAUACCCACCACCUGCAUCAACACAGACUAUGAAAUAUUUGCUGAUGAAAAGUGUUCUGUGUUGAACGACCCAACUGGGGUAUUUGCUCAGUGCCAUGGUCACAUAUCAACUGAUCACUACCACACGGCUUGCAUUCAAAGAACAUGUAACUGUCACAGGAGUCCGCAACAGUGCUUGUGCGCUGCUCUGGGCAGCUAUGCUAAAGCCUGCGCCAGUCUGGGUGUUGUAAUUGGUGACUGGAGGACAGCCACCAACUGCACUUUGAAAUGUCAGAAGAACCAAGAAUUCUCCUAUAACAUGCAAGCCUGCAACCACACCUGCCGCUCCCUGUCUGGCCCUGACCCUCGUUGCGGGCUGGGCGAUGACCCUGUGGAGGGCUGUGGCUGUCCGGAGGGAACUCACCUAAACCAGGGUCACACCUGUACUCCAAAGGCAGAGUGCCCUUGCCACUACUAUGGUGGUACAACUUCCACGGGUAUAGUUUUUAUAGACGGACGAAAGUGCUUCUGUAAUUAUGGAAAACUGCAGUGUUCUCAGAAUUGUGUGUGCACAGAUGGGAAGGAUUGUGUAUUCUGCUUAGAGAACCCUGUUAACACGGCUUGGAAAACCUGCGACAGUCUCAGCAAACCAAUGAGUGCCGGUGUGACCUGUGAGAGCGGCUGUUACUGCCCACAUGACCAGUAUGAGGAUCACCGUGGCAACUGUGUUUCUCUGGACAACUGCACCUGUGUGUACAGUGGCAAAGUAUACAGUGCAGGACAGCACGUCAAAACCAACUGUAAAACAUGUGUCUGUGGUCAGGGUCAGUGGCACUGCAAAGACGAGCCAUGUCCUGGGAAAUGUCAAGUUUAUGGAAACGGACACUACCAGACCUUUGACACCAAAUGGUACCGCUUUGAUGGACAGUGUCAGUACACACUUGUACAGGAUGACUGUGGAAGAAGAAAUGGCACCUUCUCUGUCAGAGUGGAGAGUGUACCCUGCUGUGAUGAGGCACUCACUUGCUCUCGCUCCAUCAUCCUUGACCUGCAGGGUGAGGUCACCCUGACACUAAGCGACAUGAAGGUGACUCGACGCUACCAUGAAGGCUGGACUCUGAAGGAAGACUCACUUUACUCCAUACACACUGUGGGACUCUACAUCAUAAUCUCAGUGCCAAACAGAGGGAUAACUCUCAUCUGGGACAAACACACUCGAAUCACUAUAGAGCUGCAUUCACACUGGAGGAGCCGAGUGUGCGGCCUCUGUGGGAAUUUUGACUCCAAUGAGAUGAAUGACCUUCAGAUAAGUGGCUCGGCAGUGGUGUCCAGUCCCCUGGCAUUUGGCAACAGCUGGAAAUCUGCCACACCCCCUUGCUCUGAUGUGACCACUGAGAUAUUUCCAUGCGAACGCAACUCAUACUGCUCAGCCUGGGCCAAGCGCCGCUGCAUGAUCAUCACAGGGGACACAUUCAGGGACUGCCACUUAAAGGUGGAUCCAGAGCCCUACUAUCAUGCCUGUGUGCAGGAGUCCUGCUCCUGUGAGUUUGAAGGGAAGUUCCUGGGCUUCUGCACAGCUGUGGCAGCCUACGCAGAGGCCUGCAGCGACCAGGAUGCAUGUAUUAAAUGGAGAACACCUGAUUUGUGUCCGGUGUACUGUGACUACUACAAUGAGCAAGGCCAGUGUAGCUGGCACUAUGAAGCCUGUGGUGAGAUGCUUACCUGCGGCAAAGACAACACUGUAACUCACAAGUUAGAGGGCUGCUACCCCAGAUGUUCAAAGGAGACACCAUACUAUGAUGAAAAUACUGGAGAAUGCACUGAAUUGAGAAACUGCACCUGUUAUUUUAAUGACACAACCAUUCAGCCUGGAGCAGUGAUGAAGAUACAGUCCACUGAGUGCCUCUGUGAAAAUGGAAGAGUGAACUGUCUGCCUCCAACACCUGCACCAACCGCUGUGUCUGCCACCACUCCUACAUCAGCCACUCCUACCAAAACUGCCUGGACUAACACUGAAACAACUAUCUUUUCUACCACCACUACACCAAAAACAGUUAUUGUGUCGACGGCUGAAACUUCAACAACGCCCACCACCACCUCUACACCAUUGACAACAGUUGCCUCAACUACCGCUGAAACAUUGUCAACAAUGCAACCCACCGUAUCUACAUUGAUGACGACCAUUACCAAUGCCUCGACUACUACUGUACUUUCCAGUACCUCUACACCAACAACUACAGAAACAGCGACAUCUUAUGGAGUGAAUUAUGAAUCUACGACGAUGCCACCAGCAACAAAGACCACCGAGAUUUCCACGAGUGAGGGAAUCACUAAUUUAACAUCUACCACUGAACCAACAACCUAUGAAGAAUCAGGCACAACAAUGACAACAGAAACACACCACACCUACUAUACAGUAGUCACUGGCCCACCAGAGACAACAUAUGGUGUGUCAACAGAUGAGCAAGUAACAAACUCCACAACUACUGUACAACCACCAGUGUGCAAGUGUACAGACCCUAAGAGGAAACAAAGCUGGAACUGCGGUGAGACGUGGAUGGAGGACUGCUUCCAUAAGAGGUGUAUAGAGGGGAAGAUAGAGCUGACUGCGGUGGUUUGUCCAAAGUCAGCAAUUCCAAAAUGCCCCAGAAACCAGGUCAAAAAAGUCUUGGAUGGAUGCUGUGAAACAUGGAAGUGUGACUGUCGCUGUGAUCUAUAUGGGGAUCCUCACUACAUCUCUUUCCAAGGUGCCACUUUUGAUUUCCUUGAUGAUUGCACCUACAUCCUGGUGGAGGAGAGGUCACCACGUCAUCAUCUGUUUAUUGCUGUGGACAACUUCUUCUGUGUGCCAGGCCUUGAAGGCUCUUGUGCUAAAGGGAUCAUCCUGAAAUAUAAGAACAGUAUAGCUACUCUCACUAUCAUUCCAGAUUUGUUUACAGUACAGGCCACUCUGAACAACAUGACCAUACAGCCACCAUAUGAGGAGCAUGGGUGGAGGUUUGAGACUACGGGGUACAUAGUAUCAAUCUACCUACCUGAGAUCCGCUCCUAUGUCUCCCUCAGUCCGUCUUACACUCUGGUGGUCAGUCUGGCCAUGGAGCACUUCCUCAACAACACCCAGGGACAAUGUGGUGUAUGUGGUGGUGGAUCAUGUAUCCGUAGAGGAGGGCAGAUUGAGGAUGACAGCUGCUGUGAUAAGACGGCCUAUGACUGGGUGUACCCCGACCCGCUGAAGCCAAACUGUGCUUCUGCACCAAGGGACGUACCUUGUCACUCACUUACUACAGGAACUCCAAGCACACCCCCUUCCACCCCCUGCCCUGUGAGCGCGUUAUGUGAGCUGCUACACCACCCGGUCUUUUCAAAUUGCAGUGUGGAUCUGAACAUUACAAAGAGGAACUGUGAGUUUGAUUCAUGCAGGAAUGGUCCUUGCUCUUCACUAGAGCAAGCUGCUAAGGAGUGCAAGAAGACGGGUGUUUGCAUCGACUGGAGAGGACUGACUAAUGGAAUCUGUAGUAUACCAUGUCCAAAAGGGUUGGUUUACAGAGAAUGUCAUGACAAGCUGGAUGACUUCUGCUAUGGAGGAGCACUUCAUCAAGGAGCCUUGCUUGAGAACAGAGGGGAAGGCUGUUUUUGUCCCAGUGGCCACUUCAGGGCAGGAAAUCACUCGCACAUCUGUGUGUCUGAAUGUGACUAUUGUAAAGGACCGCAUGGUGAACCCAAACUGCCUGGUGAGAUGUGGCUGUCCGGCUGUGACCUGUGUACAUGCAACAACCAGACUCGCACAGAGGUGUGUUCUCCUAAACCUCCUGAGCCAGCGCCACUCUGUGGCCCCAAUGCUGUACUGGUAAACACCUCCUGCUGCGGUGAUCAGAUUUGUGUUGAGAAGACAUGCAGUUAUCAAGGAGAAACAUACAAGGUGGGAGACAAAUGGACGGAUGCCGCCCAUCCCUGCGUGUCAUAUAACUGCAGCAAAGAUGGUAUUCAGACUGAGACUAGAGUCUGUCCCACAGAAGACUCUCAGGAGGGAGACAGAGUUUGGGAUGACCAUCACUGCUGCUAUUCAUGUAACCAGAGCUGUGCUCCCAAAAUGAGCAGAGUUAGCAUCACUGUAGACAACUGUACCACCGACAUGCAAAUGCCUGUGUGUCAGGGCCAGUGUGAGUCUCAGCACAGCGUGGUGUUGCGUGGUGACCUGCAGGUGGAGCAGAAGAGCAGAUGCUGUCUGGAGCAAAGCUCACAGAAGAGAACAGUGACCCUGCUGUGCGCCGACCACACCACCAGACACUACGUCUACAGGCAUAUCACCAGCUGUGAGUGCACACCCUGCAGCCCGAAUUGGUUAGUAAUGGAUUAAAUUUAGCUGGGAUUAUGUAAUCAACCACGAAAAAUAAGUAACUAUAAUCAGACCAGGUUGAAAAAAAUGUUUAAAUUUAAAAUUAAAAAAAUGUUUAAUUGUAGUUACAUUGUCAAUGAUUACUUGAUUACAUUUUUAAUAAUGUCUUUAAAAUAAUGAAAUUUUGUCAUGAUCACCGACUCUUCCAUGUAACCUUUGAUUAAAAAACAGCAGCAACAGUAGAAGUUUCUGA